UGCGAUGUUGCUAAAGUUCUGAGUAGACAAAUACUUUGCGGGAAAAAGACUUUAUGCAGUUUACGCAUUUCGUUGUUUGCUCUUCAUUGGAUUGAUUGAAAGUCACGUGAUCUAGUUUCUUGCGCGUGGGAUAGAAAAUGGAAGACAGGUCAAGAUCACGAUCCCCAGUUAGUGACAGAGACAGAAAACGUAGCCGUUCCCGCUCUCCAAGACGUCCCCGGAACAUGACAACAAAAAGAUGUAUCAUCAGUAAUAUACCCUAUGAUCUCAAAUGGCAGGAAAUUAAAGAUAUCUUCAGGAAUGAAGUUGGAGACGUUGUAUAUGUGGAGCUUUUCAACAAUCCAGAUGGAAAGCCGAAAGGAACAGGGGUGAUAGAAUUCCGAGAUUUUGAAACAGCAGCCCUGGCUAUUGAUAAGAUGCACAGAUAUGAAAUAAAAGACAGAAAACUUGUAGUUAGAGAGGAAAGAGAACGUGAGCGUAGACAAAAUGAGAUGCUCUCAAAUAGAGGUGGUGGUGGUGGCCAAGGGGGAGGAGGAGGACAAGGUGUAAUGGGACCAGCUCCCAGGAACCUCGGUAUGGGAGGUGGAGGCAUGGGUAACAUGGGUGGAGGUGGUAUGGGUGGUGGAGGUAUGAAUACAGGUAUCAGUCCACAGAUUCUUCAGCAGCUUGGUAUUGAAGGACCAUUGUCAAACACAGUUUUUGUUUCAAAUCUCGACUACAAAGUGACAUGGAGGAAGCUGAAGGAUGUAUUUAAACUUGCUGGAACAGUUCACAGAGCUGAAAUCUUUGAAGACAAAGGUGGCAGAAGUAGAGGGUUUGGAACUGUGACAUUUGAGACACCAGUCGAGGCAGUGCAAGCAAUAUCAAUGUUCAAUGGCCAGUCAUUGUUUGAUCGUACCAUGCGUGUAAAGAUGGAUAACCCUUCUGCUGGGAAACCAGAACCAUUACCUGACGGACUAAAAGGACUUGGACCAUCUCUGACCAAUCUACAGCAAAUGUCUUCCUCUGACAUUGGUAUGGGCAUGGGAUCAACUGGUAUGGGUAUGGGAGGAAUGGGCUCCAUGGAUAGAAUGGGUUCUAUGGGCAUGUCUGGUAUGGGUGGAAUGGGCAAUAUGGGAGGUAUGGGUACUGGUAUGGGAACAGGAAUGUCCGGUAUGGGGACUGUGGGUAUGGGAACUGGUAUGACUGGGGCUAUGACGGGGAUGGGAAACAUGGGUACUAUGGGGACAGGACUUGGUAUGGGCAUGGGGGAUAGCUUUUCAACUGGGAUGACUGGAAUGGGGUCAACCAACAUGGGCACUGGCUCUAUGGGAACAUCUGGACUGAGUGACAGUUUUGGAAUGUCUUCGAUGGGAGCUGGUAUGGGUGGGUCAAGUGGCUUUAGCAGCAUGAUGGAUUCUUCCCGGUCGUCUGGUAUGAGCAACUAUAGCUCGGGAAUGUCACAACGCAUGGACUAUGGUAGAGACUCUGGCAGAAGCAGUUCCAGUAAUAUGCCACAAGGAGAUAUGAAAACAAGGGCGGAUAAAUCUACAGUCAUUGUGAAAAAUCUGCCAUACUCUGUUGACUGGCAAACAUUGAAGUCCAAAUUUCAAAGUGUUGGUGACAUCAGAUUUGCAGAGAUAAGCAAAAAUGACAAAGGAAAAUCGAAUGGCUGGGGAUUGGUUAGUUUCAGACGUGAAGACGAUGCCCAGGUUGCUGUCCAGAGGAUGAACCGUGUAAACCUGGAAGGACGGGACAUUGUUGUGAAGCUUCUCAACUGAUACUAACACUGGUAUAUGUCGUCAUCAUUCAUUUUGUGUUGGAUUUGAUCAUGGUUCAAUACUUGGUGUAUAGUUGGAUAUUUUACUGAAGGAUCAAGUUUGGGGCCGAAAUGUGUGUUUGGUGUAUUCUGUUCUUUACUUGGGGCGUUUUAACCGGAAGUUCCACUCUUGACACAUGAACUUACUUUGAAGAAAUUGAAUCUCGGAUGUACAGGCCUUUACUGAAACUGUUUGAGAUUUAUUUCCUACCAUUGAUGAUAGUGAGUUAAAAAUUGCAUUUUAUUGUGGCCUCAGGUUGUGGUAUCCUGUAUUAUGGUUAACAGAAAUUCGAUUCAAAAUUUGAAAUUAAAAACUUUCUAUUGUAGAGAUGGAUCUAUUGAAAUUGUUGAAAGGUUUUGAUGACAGUUUGUGCCAUUUUGUGAUUGUUACAUCAAGAUCUGUCUGAAAUCAAAAGAUCCAGUUUUGCUGUUCCAUAUUUUAAUCUCUACUAUAAACUGUGCAUAUGUUGGGCUCUUGGAAAGGAACAAGCUCUGUUUUGAAUCAUGCUUCCAUAUAUUUUCAGUGUAAAUUUAUCAUUUUUGCCAUGUUCAUUACAGUUUUGUUUUUAUCAGUGUCUCAUCUUAGAUCAUUCAUUGGGCCUCUUACACAUCCGUUGUGGUGUGUAAUUAAACUGUCAUAUUUUAGUUUCUAAAUAGGCUUUGACUGUGAACACUGUCCUAUGUUUAUGUAAAGAUCUUGAAAAUGGAAAUAAAUGUGUUGCCAUAAACUAAG